AUGCCGCCAAAACCUACCAUCGAAGAAGUCGAUGAUGACGAAAUCGACAACAUGGACAUGGACAUUGCCCAGUUUGAUCCAAGUCUCAGGACACCGAUCGCACCUAUGAAUAAACCAACAGUCACUAGGUCUCAGGACUCUGAACCUCCACUUUUCCCACAACAGCCAUUCCAGCCUCCUCCUAGCCAGAGGGGUGUGCAAUCAGACGAUAUAUUAGAUCCUUCUAAGAUCUCUAGCAAAGACAAGGAGGAGCUUAGCAAAUUUCAGACGAUAUACCCAUGCUACUUCGACAAGACCAGAUCACACAAAGAAGGAAGAAGAGUUAGCUCAGAGUUGGCCGUUGCCAAUCCUUUGGCCAUUACUGUUUCUGAUGCUUGCCGUCAGCUCAAUCUUCCUGUUCUUCUUGAGUUGGACAAAUCCCAUCCACAGGACUUUGGUAACCCAGGUAGAGUGAGAGUUUUCAUUAAAGACGCUGGUAUCGUUAAGGAUCCCCGUUUCAAGACCAAGAGAGGCCUCUUGAACAAAAUUGCAGUGUUCCUUCAGGAGCACCCAACUACUUUGAAGAGUAUAAGUAAAGGCAGUGGCAUCCCCUUCCCCAAGGAAUACGAGCAAGGCUUUGAUCCUGAGGAGAUUCCUAAAGUUAAGGGUUUCAAAAUGAACUCUAUCGUGCCAGUUCACUCGAACUACACAUUGAAGCAUCCAAUGACUAAGACUAUCUAUGAUCCUGAGCCAGAGACCACCAGCGAGGCACCUAAGCUACCCAAACAACCUAAAAAGAAGAUCAUGAGAGUGAGAGGUUAA